AAAUUUGCAGUCGUUGUUAGACACACGGACGCCGGAACAGACUGAACACACUCCUGCCCUAUAGCCUGCCCCAUAUAUAGCUAUGCAUGCCUCAAACGAUCUACGCAGAUAUCGGAAGUCUCGACGAAAGUUUGCUCUAAAAACGUAUCUCCUGCUGGGCGUCUGGCUUUUAUUGGCCCUUAUCCAGUGGAUUGUUUUUUGCAUUUUAACUGACUUGCGCUCGAAACUCCAGGAUCUUUAUUACGUCGGUUACGUGACAUUGGUCCUGUCCGUUUUCAUUUUUCUGAUUUUCAUAUUCUUUGAGAAACUUCGCUUUGUUCGAUGCCUGAACAUUUUUCUAGGAUUUAUAAUCGUGGAGCUGCAGAUCAUCGCCACGUUUACUCUGAUCACUCACUCCUGGUGGGCGGAUGUGCUGACCUUCUUCUUUGUGUGCGUUCUUCUGAUUGUGCUAUUUCUGUUAAUAGGAGCAUUUCUUCCAAAGAAAAUGGACCUCACUCUGGACAUAGCCGUCCUAUUUAUAUUGGCAUUCAUCUUUAUUAUUGUCGCCGUCUUUUUCCUUAUGUACCAGCUAAUAAUAUCGAAAACACUCCCGUAUAGCUUCCUGGUUGUGGAGCUGGCCAUCACCAUCACAAUCCUAUUGUUUGUUAUGUACCAUGCCCAGACCAUCCAUGGAAGCCGCUUUGCCGAAAUGCGUUUGAAAGAUUUUAUUCUGGGAUCUUUGAUACUAUUCCAUCACUUUCUCAUCAUUUUCUGGCUGACGUUCUAUUAUCAAGUCAACUAUAGGCCUAUCACCUCAGAUGAUUACAUAGCCACUAGUUCGACUAAGCAAGCUACAGCAACAGAAAAAGCCGGGGACUUAAGUGAUCUUUUUGAAAACGACAAUUAUGAUAAUGGAGACGGCAAUAAAGAGGAUUCGCCUGACGUCUGGACAAAUGCUCAAAACUGGACAGAUCCAGAUAGAGACAGAGACAGAGAAAGGUCUCGGCCCAAAGGAUCAGGCGGUUCCAGAGAUAAGAGUGACGGCACGGCUGGGCAUCGAGAUAGAGAUAGAGGAAAUAGGUGGAAGCCGUCACACGAUGCAGACAGAGUCACUGUGCAAUUAAGACAUAGAGGAAGAGUCAAGAAUCUGUCUAAAGAUGAAAAUAGAGAUAGAGAUGCCGACAGAAGUCGGGAAAGUCAUGCAGAUGGAGACAAAAGCUCGAAUGAAGGUGGAGUUGGAGAUGCUGACAGAAGCAGAGAUAAGGCCGAAAGACCCGCACCUAAUUGGGAUAGGAGACUCUACCCCAAGAACAUGCGGCAUCUAAAUAUUAGAGGCUAUACCCAACAGGAUAGGUCCUUUGAGAGGACAGACCUGGACAGACAAAGUUAUGGACGGGGAGCUUAUCGAAAUCUACCAAAUGGUGAUGGUUUCGAUCAUGAUAGAGACGAGUGGAAUUCUCACAAAAAAGCUAUAGGAAGUAGUAACGUGGAAGAUGCACUUGAAGAUUCUGAUUCUGGUCUUCCCACGUUGUAGUGCAUCCCUACAUUGGAAUUCUUCCAGCCCUAAAAAAUAUCUGAAAAUACCAAAAAAAUGUUAAUAAAUUUAACAAUGCCGAAGGAACAUCAAGAAAUCGCACAUCUGGAUUCAAUAAGGAGCGACUUGUAAGUGACCGUAUAUUUGGAAAUUACUAGGAAUCAGGAAGAGGACACGGCCCUCAACUCUUCUUAGUUGUGUGAAAAGAGACGAGGUAAUUCUUACAUCGCGUAAAGAAGACUCUGGUACACAUUUAAAUGUCGAAAUGGAAGAAGUGAAAGAGCUUCCUGUUGGAACUAUUAGCACGAAAAAACCUACAGAUGACAAAAGUUUACUGAACGCUGUUUCGAAUGGAAUGAAUUAUGAUUUUUAAGAUGUCUACCUCCUCUCUAUACAUACAUUGUACUCAUGGUCGUAUGAAUGCCCUCAAGAUGUAUGGCCCUCAGCCAAAGCAAGUCAAGAUAGUCUUAUAUAUAAAAAGAAACGUUUGUCAAAUUACACCUAAUACACGUGAAUUCACAAU